AUGGCGACUGUCCAGAGGCUUGCCGAGCGGCUUGAGUCCGACUCACCGCUAACGGAGGAGGAGAUUAUGUACUGGACGGAGGGGAGCGACGUCAUGCGCGCAAGCACAUUCUACGGCCGCAACCUGGAGGAGGCGAAGAGCUGCGUACGGAGCAUAUCCAGUACACUCAUCACCAAGUACCUCAAUAACCCCAAUACGAACGUGGUGCCACUGGAUCACAAAUCACAUAUAUGCCUCGUUCUGAAUAACUUUGCGCUUUACAAACCGGUGCGCAGCUGCAUCUAUGACGUCUUGGACAAGUUGGAAGGCAUCUUCGAGGAAUCGAUACGGGAGGAAGGCAUGCUCCCGUUCAACCCCGACCUUGGGCGCAUGACGGAGCAUGUCGCGGUGCUGCUGAUGCGCGUGACCGGGUACAAACUCAAGGCUGCCAACGUGCUGGAGUUUACAGACGGCAACGCACAGUUCUCUGUGCAGCUGAUGCUUGCUAUUCUGCUGAAGGAGCCCGCGUACGAGCUUGCACUUCGGUGUAACUGCAUUACNGCCAUUCUCGGAUUUACGCAGCCGCAAGCCUUCUUUGAGUCCUCAAAGGCUUUGGAGGAGAGGUCCUGUGAGGAAUUCACGGAAAAGAUUGACUCUAUGCUGAACUUGAUGCUCCGCUUAAAGGCCGUUCAGGUGCUUAGUGAUGUCUUGACCGAGCAGCUUGACCACAAGAACGCGGUGACACCGCUGAUACACGUGGCGACGUGCAGCUCGAUGCGUUGCAUCAUAAACAUCUUCCGCUUCUCAUCCACGCGGUCGACGCAGUGGCGGCAGCAUGUUCUUCUCUCCACAACAUUGCUCGACCAUUCGGUGACGCUGUACAUGCAUCUGCAGUGCGAGGCGCUGCAGAAGGUGUUGGAUAGAUCAAAGCCCAGCGUCAAUGUCGAGAUGCUUCGCGGCAUGUCGCUGGGCUUCAAGUUUGCCUCCCUUUGCACCUUCCGCAUGAACCACCACGCCAGGGAGGCACGUCUCUUCUGCCCUUACCUGCAUGACAUGCUACAGCUGUCGAUCCGUCCCUUAAUGCAGGACCCGGCGGUGGCGGGAGUGCUCAUGCGCGUGUUCGUGGAUAUGUUCCACUUCAUGGCCAACAUAGACGCCCUCGGUGGCGAUGGCGAUUUCGCACCGGGUGAUCUUCUUCCGCAGCUUUGCAGCGAGGAGCUGCUGAAGAGCGUGGAGGCGUUCUUGCAACAAGAGGUGGCGACCGGCGGGAUGCAGUGUGUGGAGGCAUGGCACAACGCCCUCAGGACGGUGGAGCCGGACACGCUGGUUGAGCGCGACUCCCCGACGUUUGCUGUGCUAGAGAGAAUCUUCAGCGACAUGGAGGCGCAGCAUCGGCUCGCCCCCGGCGGGGGGGCUAGAAGGGGCGAGAAGCGUUUCAUCAACGAAAUGCCGCUGUCGCACACAAAGCCGGCGGAGGCGAAGAUGUCGAUUGAGAACGCUGCUGCACCUGUGGACUCGACGCAGCGCAUCGGUGUGGUGCGGCAAGACGUCAUCUCAGGCUCCGAGCCCGCUCUGCUGUGUGCCCUCACCGGCAACGUUAUGAAGAAGCCUGUCGUGUCGCCGUACGGUCACACGUUCGACCAGGAGGCCAUUCUCGCGUGGCUGCAGCAGAACGGCUCAGUGUGCCCUAUCACCGGCAAUGUACUUACCGCAGAUGCACUGAAGCCUAACAAGGAGGUGACAGCAAUCAUCAUGAAGCAGGUCAUCCAGCAGAGCAUGUCCGGGUACAACCAGGAAAACGAGGCGGAUCUCUACGACUUCUAG